AUGUCUGGAAUUGAAAGCACUUCGGGCCACGGUUUUGGCCGUGAACGUUCUUCCAGUUUCCGUGGUAACAAUGACGGGGGAAUUGAUAUACGUGGACGCUUAUAUUGUAUGAAUUUUGUAAUUCAAUGCAAGGCUUGGGUGCAUCCAAUAGGGCCUAAGAUCAUUCGAGAGUUGGAUGGGGCUCUUACUCAACUUGAAAAUAGUGGAGCUAUCGGUAUUGUAGUGAUCCCUGAUGAUGGAAGAUUUUCUUUUGAUGCGGUAAUAAGAGCAAAGAUGUCGGUACACUACAUUAUCCUUACGAAAGAAGGAUCAAUUUGUGAAGAUCUUAAAGCUGCUUACUGUUGA